AUGGCGGUUAGUCAGUCGGUUGUUGGUCGCAACAAUGCGGAAAAGGCCCAUGGCUUCGCGGGUAUGCUCAAGAAUCCCUAUGUUGCCUUGACAUGUUGUUUCGCAUCCCUGGGUUGUAUCAUGUAUGGUUACGAUCAGGGUGUGAUGGGACCUGUCCUGGUCAUGGAGAACUUUGAGAACCACUUCCCCACAUUCAUGGGCUCUACCAUCCAGGGUUGGUUGGUGUCUGCCCUCGAGCUCGGUGCCUGGGCUGGUGCUCUGAUCAACGGUGUCCUUGCGGAUCGCAUUUCUCGCAAGUACUCCAUGAUGGUUGCUGUCAUUAUCUUCACCCUGGGUACUGGUCUCCAAACCGGUGCUCAGACCCCUGCCUACUUCUUCGCCGGUCGUGUCAUUGGUGGUCUCGGUAUUGGUAUGUUCUCUAUGGUCAUUCCUCUCUACCAAGCCGAGAUUGCUCCCCCAGAGCUGCGUGGUUCCCUCGUCUCCCUGCAGCAGCUUUCCAUCACCAUCGGUACCUCCAUUGCCUUCUGGCUCGACUACGGAAUGCAGUUCGUCGGUGGAAACACCUGCAAGCCCGAGGGUAUCUCCAACCCCUACCUCGCUGACGGAACCUACAACGCCGCUGCGAACCACGGCCACACUUGCCUGGGACAGAAGACCAUUGCUUGGCGUCUUCCUUUGGCUUUGCAGAUUAUCCCCGCCUGGAUUCUGUUCUUCGGAAUGUUCUACUUCCCCUUCUCUCCUCGUUGGUUGAUGAUGAAGCACCGUGAGGAAGAAGCUCUCGAGUCCCUCUCGCGCCUGCGUCGUCUUCCCAGCAACGACCCUCUGAUUCGCGCCGAGUUCCUCGAGAUCAAGGCCGCUGUUAUGUUCGACGAGGAGAGUGAGAAGGAGCUCGUCGGUGCUGGUGGUCGCAUGGGUCCUUGGAAGGCUCUGUUUGCCCCCAACAUGCUCAAGCGUUUGUUCCUCGGCUGCGGAACCAUGAUUUGCCAACAAUUCACUGGUAUCAACGCUGUCCUCUACUACGCUCCCCAGAUUUUCAAGAGUUUCGGGUUCACCUCCACCAAGCAAACUCUCCUGGCUACUGGUGUGACCGGUAUCCUGCAGAUUGUCUUCACCAUGCCUACUGUCCUCUGGCUUGACAAGUUUGGCCGUAAGACCUUCCUGAUUGCUGGUGCCAUUGGCAUGUUCUGCUGUCACAUCGUCGUCGCUACCGUCGAGGGUAUCUACGAGGACAACUGGAACCUCAACGAAGGCCUCGACAAGCCCCAAGGUUGGGUGGCCAUCGCCUUCAUUUGGCUCUUUGCUGUCAACUUUGCCUACUCUUGGGGUCCCGUUGCUUGGGUUCUGACUCAGGAAAUCUUCCCCAACAGCCAGCGUUCCCGCGGUGUCGCCAUCGUGGCCUCGACCAACUGGUUCUUCAACUUCAUCAUCGGUCUCACCACCAAGGACAUGCUCAACAGCAUGAAGUACGGUACCUACAUCUUCUUUGCCAUCUUCAGUGGCCUGGGUGGUCUAUUCAUCUGGCUCUACGCCCCUGAGACUAAGGAUAAGACCCUGGAAGAGCUGGACAUCUAUUUCGGUGGUUCCGAUACUACCAUUGCCGCCGCUGAUCGCGAGCGCAUGGAGCGUAUUUACGAGACUCUUGGUCUGGCCGGUGUUGAGAACGUUGAGGAUCUCAAGACCGCUGUCACUGAGGACCAGAUUGAGAUCACUCAGGAGAAGGCUUGA